GUUUCCCAUUUAGAAAUACAUUUGUUUGUUAACGACAGAUGGUACGGAUCCAGUUAAUGUAACAAACAACAAAGUUCAGAAACUCGUCUGAGAGACAGACACAUGUACAAACUCAUCAGAUGUUAAAAGUUAAUGCUGCAUAUAAACUAGAAGUUCUGCUUAUUGUCUUUAUUAUCUGUAUGCAUUUAAACCAUUAGAUCCCAUGAAGACAGACACCAUGUCUACAAUGCAGUGGAAGAAACAGUGGAUUGUUGCUAUUGGUAUUGUAGUGACUGUGUUCCUGAUCUACUUGUUUGUUUCUGUAGGCUCGUCCAACAAUAAAUUCACAACAGAAUGGCCGCAGGAAACAGAAAAGGAACAUAAUCAACAGUAUCGUUUCUGGCCCUCUUUCAAGGUCGAUACUCAACAUAAUGAGAAAUGGCUUAAAUCCACAUGUCUCAAGUCUGAAGAUGAUCUAUCCCUGGAUGGAAUUAUGGAAAUUCAGAAAAAAUGGAGCCAAAGUCAAGAUUCUGAAUGCAGGAGAGUGUACACAAUGUUUACCUCUAUAUUUACAAUAACAUCACAUCCAGCAAGGGUAGUUAUUCCAGAUACAUUUGCUGUUAAAGUUAGAAAAUGGUUGGGAAACAAAGAAGAAUUGUUUCAGUCUGUUAAAAAACAAACAGUGAUGUUUAUUUACAAUGAGUAUACUAGAGAACAGAACGUAUAUAAUCCACUGAGAGAGAAGAGACCUAUGGGUGUUCCGCCUAGACCUGAAACAGAAUAUGUAGAAGAACUGGUACAGAAAACACAACCAUCCUGUGACUUCUGUAAAUACAGAUUGAAUACAGCAGAGGACACAUUUGGCCGUGUAGAAUCAGAACAUUCAUUCACAGCAGCUAACACGUUUAAACUAGACUCCUGGCAUACAUUGAUUUUGUUAAAGAAGCAUCAUCCACUAAAUUGGACCUAUGUAGAAUAUAGAGAUCUCAUGAGCACAGCACAAAAAUGGUUAGAUAAGGCAUAUCAACAAAAUUCCCGAUACAAAUAUCCCAUGUUUGUAUGGGACCUUCUGCCUCAUGCAGGAGCUAGUCAAGUUCACCCACAUGUUCAUGGAUUUUUAGAUGCAGACAGAUAUCAAGGUGCUGUAGAGAAUUGGAGAGUAGGAGCAGAUGAAUACAAUGAAGAUUUUCCAACUCAGAAUUAUUUUUCUGAUUUUGUGUCAAUACACAUGUCCUUAGGAUUAGCUGUACAAUAUGGAGACGCAGUAGCCAUAGCUAGUAUUUUACCAAAAAAAGACAAUGAAGUUAUAGUAUUAGGUCAAAGACCAUCUGAAGAUUUUUUCAAGUUACAAUAUUUUGUUUAUAGAGCUUUCAUAGAAGAUAUGAAAAAGCUGUGUUUUAGUUCAGGAUUUGCUUUGCCUAGUCUGGAUGAGGCAGCUGGGGAAGGUAAAAUUCCAGCAUAUGUUAGAGCAAUAACCAGAGGUGCAGUUGAGGAAAUAAGAUCUGAUAUAAGUUCAUUAGAAUUAUUUACUUCACAAAAUGCCAACACAGAUCCAUAUAAAGUCAUCAAGUUCAUUAGAGAAUCCAUAAAGAAAAGAUCCUGAUAGCGAAAGUACAUUAGAAGUCUGUGAUUUAUCAAGUUCAUUUGUAUGUGAGGUUAUAUUUUGUGAAAGUGGGUAUUUAUAUUAUGUAUGAGUGCAGAUCUUUUUUAUAAUAAAUAUUAAAUUAUUUCAAUGUUGUAGUGCAAUUUCCAAAACAUGUUUGAAUUUUUAACUACUUGUAGACUUUUGUCCU